CAGGAGUCGACCUAAAUUAUUCUAGUAGCGCAAUUAUCCCAAAACUCCCCCGAGGUGUUUCUGCAGCCCGGGGGGAGAGAAAGGAAAGGACAUUAAUGAAGUAGGAGGGCGAAAGUGGAUUGCGCGACUCUGAUGCGACAGAUGUUGGAAAAGUCCAGUUGAAUGUAGGCAGAGGAAGAGGAAGAGGAAGAGAGGAAAGUGUCCUGAACGGAGAUGAACGCGUUUUUCUGUUGGAGACGGACGAUGGGCAUUAAAGAGGUGGGAGCUUUGUUGCGAUGUCUCCUUCACUGAAAAGCUGGCCACUCUAAAGGGCAUGUUAUCGACGGAACCGCGUCUCUACAGAGGACUUAACUCAAGUCUGAUUCCAACUUGACUGCCACUGGUUAUGAGAAUCUGCACUCCGAGACUGAAACGGCUGGGGGUAAGAUGUUUGUGGAGUCAGUUGUCCGAUGGGGGGCUUGGAGCAUCCUGUUCCAGUUUGGACCGGGUGUAUCUGCAGGAGGCUGUCCUCCACGCUGUGUUUGUCGACCAGAGGCUAAAGAAGUGAUCUGCUCUGGCAAACAUUUGAACUCAGUGCCGGAGGGCUUUUCCGGUGAUGCCAGGCGUUUGGAUUUAUCUCACAAUAAGAUUAAGACUGUUGGGCGCCGCCAGUUCUCUGGCCUCCUGCAACUUCAGGAGUUGGAUCUCAGUGAUAACAUAAUCUCUAUGAUUGAGGUGGAGGCUUUCCAGGGCCUACAGAAUCUCAGGACGCUUCGGAUUAAGACUAACCGACUCAAGAUCAUCCCAGUUGGGGUGUUUUCUGGCCUGUCCAGUCUACGUCUUCUGGAUUUGAGCCAGAAUGAAAUUCUCGUCUUUCUGGACUAUACCUUUAAAGAACUGGUCAACCUGCAAACGCUGGAAGUCGAGGAGAAUGAUUUGGUCUUCAUCUCCCAGCGAGCUUUCUUUGGUCUGCAGAAUCUGCAGGAGCUCAACUUAGACCGCAGCAACCUGACCUCCGUUCCUACCGAGGCAUUGUCCCAGCUCCAGAGCCUUGUGCGUUUCCGCAUGCUACGCCUCACCAUUUCUACACUCCCUAACAACGCUUUCCGACGACUACACCGUCUGCGUAGCCUCCUGAUAGCAAACUGGCCAGCAUUGGACACCGUGGCUAGCAACAGCCUGAUUGGUCUUAAUUUGACCUCGCUUGUCAUCAACAGCUGCAACCUAAGUACUGUUCCUUACUCCGCACUGCGUCACCUGGUGUAUCUGCGCUACCUGGACCUGUCCUACAACCCCAUCUCUGUUAUCCAGGGUAAUCUGCUAGGGGACCUCCUAAGACUCCAGGAGUUACACCUAGCAGGGGGGAGUCUGCUACGAAUAGAGCCGGGGGCCUUUAGGGGACUGGCCUAUUUUCGCAUGCUCAAUGUCACAUUCAAUCAGCUCACUACUUUGGAGGAGAGCGUCUUCCACUCUGUGGGGAACCUUCAGGUGCUGCGGUUGGAUGGGAAUCCCCUAGCAUGUGACUGCCGACUUCUCUGGGUGGUCCGUCGCCGAUUGCGCUUGAACUUUGAUGGACAUCAGCCCACUUGUUCGUCUCCUGGUGCAGUGAGACAGCGUGAAUUCAGAGACUUCUCCGAGAAGGAGCUCCCCAGGCUGUUUAAAUGCCGCCCGGCCCGUGUCAUGGACCGCAGGCCGCAGGAGGCGAGAGUAGAGGAGGGCACAACUGUUCACUUCUCCUGUAAAGCCGAGGGGGAUCCAUUCCCAUCCAUCACCUGGAUCUCAUCCCAUAAGAAUAUGGUUACUCCAACAGGACGCAUCCGAGUUUUGCCCAAUGGUACUCUAGAAGUGCGUUUUGCCCAAGUGCAGGACAGUGGCACAUAUCAAUGCCUGGCGGGCAAUGCAGCCGGCAAUGACAGCCUGACUGUCGGUUUGUACGUGAAGGGGCUCCCUCGUAACCGAACCAUCCCCUUUUUCUCAGAGGAGGGCUGGGUAGAGCCGUCAAACUCCCAAGCCGCCAACUCCUCGGCUCAAAUGUCUAAACCAUACCCGUUUGACGCAAAGACCCUGAUAAUCGCCACCACCAUGGGCUUCCUGUCUUUCCUCAGCUCAGUGGCCAUCUGUUUUGUCUUCAUGUUCUUCUGGAGCCAGAGCAAAGGUCAGAUCAAGCACACAGCAACUAUUGACUUUGUUCCUCGGUCUUCAAUGAGUGGUGGAGGGGAUGGAGGAGACGGUGGCAGGUUCACCAUGAAACUUAUUUAAAGCCAAGGAAGAGGUGAAAGGGGCCUCCAUAUUGACUGUGAGUUUUCCUCUGCAGAUGGACCCACGCUGGGACACUCAAGGACAGAGAUCUCUAUUCAAAGGCCCCCUUUGAAGGCAGCCAGUUUGUUGGGCAUGUGCAAGCCCUCUGCUAAUUUUAGAGUGGAAAGUUAUGUCUCAGCAUCCACUUCGCUAACGAAUGAAUAUCUCAUGACCUUGGAAUAGAAAGAUGUUAACAGAUUGAAGGCAGAGCUCUCUCAUAUUUUUUUGCAUUUGUUUUCAGCAACUUUUAAUUUAAAUAAGCAAAUGAACACUUACUUAGCACAGGUCUAAUUUUGUAUGUAGCAUGUAAGUAUGAAAUAGUUUGAAUUUUCACAGAUUUUGGAAUUAACACAUGGAGAGUUUAACACAUGUUUCUGUCUUGUCAACAAAUCAGGUUCUUGUUUAAACAUGCAUAUUAUACAAGUGUGUUGUAUGUCUUCACUUGCCAAUACAAGCCAUGUAAACAUUUGCCCUUUUUGACCCUUGGGUUGCUAUUUAUGCUUAACCACCACAUGAGGAUCAUGUCAAAGACUGUCAAUUCAGCAUUGGCUGUAAGUGUAUGUGACUAAAAAGCUUCUGGUACUUGCAAUAAAUAUAUGGAAUAGACUAGCCACAUCAUUUCAGAUCCUCAUCUUUAUGGUUAAAUGUUGGAGCUUUGCAGGAUGCUUCAGGUGUGCUGCAUUGGAGAGUGGUGUAGCAGUGCAAAGGGACGGAUAGCGUACCUUAAUGUACAUAGGAAUGUAUCCUUUCACAUACUCAAAACAAGUUCGUAAAGUCCAAAUUGGAUCACUGUCUUUCUCUUUUAACAUAUUAUUGUGUCAUGUUAUUGCAACAGAUGACUCUCUGUUCCAUCAGAAGAUGCUAUGAUUUCUCCUUUUUAUAUUCAAGAAACCACGUUUUUUUUUAUUCUUUACCCACAGAAAUCAUUAAGAAAUAUGUGCCUCAGUAACAUUCUCACCGUCGACAGAGAGAAUGCUCACCUGAUCAUUGUUAUUUUGUAAAUAUUAGGUCAAGGGCGUUUGUGUGCGCUGGGUUUAUUCCAUCACUUUAUCUAGUUCUGGGGAUUAGUGUCACUCAAAUAUUGCACUCUUGUAUAAACUGUGUAGAUGCACUACGCACAAAGCAAUGCUUCAGUAUAACAGGAUGUAAAGGAUGUAAAGGAUGCACACAUACAGCAUUGAGAUGUUUUUCAUUUGACUUUAUUAAAUGCCUAUAUUUA